CUGUUUAUAAGAUGUCUUCAUUCAUUUCCUUGGGUCCAGAGAACAUAACGAACCACCCUUCUGAGACAAUGUACUGGAAUAAUCAUACCAUGUUGUUCAAACCAGUGUUCAAUAUAGUAAUCACCCCCAUAACGAUCAUAAUAGCAAUAAUUGGUAUAUGUGGAAACAGCUUAGUUGUGUGGUACCUCUCUUUUAAGAUAAAGAGGAACACUUCCACAACCUAUAUCUUCAACCUUGCCCUGGUUGAUGCUACCUUUCUGCUUUUUGUAACUGUAUUGAAUUUUGUUGCUAUGGUUUUUACACUGGCCCCAGGGUUAGAAGCUCACUAUGAACAUGUUCAUUUUAUCAAUGUGAUUGAUAUACUCAUCCAAGGUUGCAUUUUUGGAUACAAUACCAGCUUAUGCCUUCUUACAGCUAUAAGCAUCGAAAGAUGUAUAUCUGUCGUAUUUCCCAUCUGGUAUCACUGCAACAGACCAAAACAUCUGUCUGCUGUUGUAUGUGCAUUCAUAUGGUUCACUUCUUGCCUGCUUAGUGCCCUUGAGUUAGCUUUUUGUUACAAUGUUACAUACAAUCGCACAGGCCUAAAAGAUGGAUCUGGUAAGGAAUGUAAAGUUGUCUUUAUUAUUAUCUGUUGCUUUAGCUUCAUGAUCUUUAUUCCAUCAAUGACAGUAUCAAGCUUGGUUCUGCUUAUUAAAGUGUGGACAAGUUCUCAGCAACGGCAGCCUAGGAAGUUAUACGUGGUCAUCACAGUGACAGUGAUCUUCUUUCUUGUGUUUGGAAUGCCCAUGAGAGUCUUGCUACUAGCAUGGUACAAACACCAUAUUAUGCCACCCUUCCCCAUGAUGGAUUUAUUUGCUAUGUUCUGCUCUACGAACAGUGCCAUUAAUCCUUUUGUAUACUUCCUUGUUGGUCGCAAAGGCACCCGCGGUAGAAAAAUAACACUCCUGGCUAUUCUUCAGGCUGUAUUUCGAGAUGAAGGAUCACAGUAUAAUAGAGAACAAAGAAAGAUAUCGGCUGACCCGGAGACAGUGAUGUGAAAUUACCAUGGUUUAAAGUUUAUAUGUAUCCUCUUUGGUUAGACAUAGAAAAGUAGAAGUUGGUUAGCCUGUAAAGCUGGGAUUGAGAGCCACUGUACUUCUGUUUCCUUGUUGGAUUACAUUUUUUUUAUCAUUACAGCUGUUUGCACUCUGUUGUGAAACUGACAUUUUUUUCUGAUGGGACAUUAUGAUGCAAUAAUGCGCACAUGUAUCUAUAGGAAUUAAAUAAAUGUUGAUAUAAUUUAUUUAAUUUGUGCAAAAAUGUAUUGAAAGUUUUAAGAAUUACAUUUUUCAUACAGAAUUCAUUUUUAGGAGUAAAAGUACGUACGUAAAAGUAGCAGUGUCUG